AGGUAGGGUAUGAUACUGAUAUUGAAUGUGUUAUGCGUUUACUUCUCCCACCCUUUCCAAAACUAGAUGGGAAAGGUUCGUGUCGUGCUCUGAUUUUCCGUAAAUGAUACUGUCUAACAGUCAAGUUACAUAUCUUAACUAACGCAUUUUCCAUAAUUUUGUGAAUAAUUAGUAUCAGCAUAGUAGAAACAUUUCUGAACUUUGGGGAAUUUUUCCGAAGACAAAUGUAUCGACCAACCUACGUGUACACUGGCAGAUAAAGUAAGUAAACAGAUGUGGAUGGUGAGUAGCCAUUUAAAUCUAACUGAUACUGUGUUGGUGUCUGGCUUCUCGGAUUGAUACAAUAAUAUUUGUAUGCCACUUACCAAACCGCCUAAUACAUGGGCUCAAGCUGCAGGAAAAGGUUUGAAUAGUGUUGGAAAUGGACCUACUAGUUCUAGUAACUCUGAAAUGGAAAAUGAUCAACAAGAUAUUGCUGGCAGCUCUUCAACAAAAGUGAUUAGAAUGGAAGAAAAUGUAAAUGAGUCACAAAUUGCUGCAGCCUAUAGUGAAGGCUGGGGACAGCGGGGAAUCAAUCAAGACACAGCUUGGGAAGUGCCUUCUUCCCCUCAUUUAAGUCCAAAAGAAGGAAGUACAUGGACUUCAACGAGUACUGGUACUGAAAUCUGGGAAAAUAAUGUCCGUCACCAUGUUAAAAGCUCUAAUAAUAAAACUCCCACUCAAAUGCGAGAACCAUGGGGGCAUACCCCUUCUACCCAUAUUGGUGGUACCUGGGGUGAGGAGGAAGAUACCACUAACUUGUGGACUGGAGUGCCACAAGCCAGUGGUGCCACCUGGGGAGGAGAAAGCAACACUUCUGUAUGGAGUGCUAAUCCUGCUGAAGGAGGCAAAAACUGGGGCAGUCAAAAUAAUGCUAUUAAUCCAAAUAUGAAUCCUAGCUGGGGAAGUGAACCACCUGCUUUGCAGAUAGGUUUGCCUCACAUGCCUCUUGCCAAUGAAAACAAAAAUAUAGCUGCCUUGCAGAUAGGUUUAUCUCAGAUAUCAUCUCCGCCAAAUAAAAAUAAAAAUAUAGUUGAAGAUUCUGGUCCAGACAAUGGUCCUCCGUGGGCAGAUCCAUCCCAUAAACAAAACCGUUCGUUUGGCAAUUGGUCUCCUGUAACUGGAAGCAACAAGAAGAUGACACCUUCUGGAUGGGAAGAAUCAGCACCUCAGCCACCAGUCACUUGCCAAUCUGGACCUAAUUAUGAUGAUGGAACAGCUGUAUGGGGUAAUCCUGUUCACCAAGGUAAAGUUUCUCAUUGGAAAGACAUGCCAUCUGCCAAACAAAUGCCUAAUUGUGUUAUGCCUCCAGGCAACUUGUGCCAAGGUGGCAAUCCAUGUGCCCCUCAUGGUGGACCUGGUAUGAUACGUUUGCCACAAACGGGAUCAAAUAUGAACAAAAAUGACAAUGUUUGGAUGAAAAAUCAAUCAAUGAAUCGUAACCUCAAUUGGAAUGAAGUUUCAUCUCAUAGAGACCCCUCGGGACGUAGGAUCUGGGAUGAUAACCCUCUUCCUGAUAAAAGUGUUCCAGGAACUCCUAACACACCAAAUAGUGCCUUUGGAAAUUGGGGUGAACCCGGGCAUCCUAUGGGCCCAUACUGGGGUGCAAAAUCAAAGAAUGCCAGUUGCAGCUGGGCAGAGGGGCAAGUUGAUACAAGCUCAUGGGGUGGUCCUAUGAAACAAGGUGGUAAGCCAUUAAGCAAAGAUCUGAUUUGGGCUAGUAAGCAAUUUCGUCUACUGAUGGAAAUGAAUUUCAAGAAGGAUGACAUUGAAAAUGCUUUGAGACGUAGCAACAUGAACCUUGAAGAAGCUUUAAUGGAGCUUCAUGCAAUGAACAAUAAAGAGAACUCAAUGCUUGACAUUGAUGGUUUAACUGCCAUGAACUUAAACCAGCCACGAGUUCAUCUUGGUAAUGUUGCUGAUGAAAUGAACUUUACUGACCACUCCAUUGACAAUACACUGCCACCAGGAAGUUUAUAUGGUAAUAGUAGCUUUCCAGGGAUGAAUAUGUUCUCCACCGGUUUCAAUAUUGCUCAAAAUUGUAAAAAUCAGAAUUCUGUUGGGAACAGUAUUGCACCAAAUGUCCUUGGGAACACUGGAACAAACAAUCAAGUGCCGAAUUUCAACAUUAAUAAUAGUAUUAAUAACUUGAGUCCUGCUAUGAUGCGAAAAAUACUCCAACAAACCCAAGCUUUCAAUCCUGCCUGCAUUCCUCAGAAUACUGGACGUAUGACCCAGCAGAAUUUUCCUUCAACUGCUCAAUUGCGCCACCUUGUACAGCAAAUACAAAUGGCAGUUCAAGCAGGCCAUUUAAAUCCUACAAUUUUAAAUCAGCCACUUGCUCCUCAAACAUUACAGCUACUCUAUCAACUUUUGCAACAAAUAAGAUUCCUGCAUCAACUUCAGCAGCAGCAGAUGUACUUUACUCAACAUGGAAGUAAACCUGGCAGUCCACCUUUGCAGCUCAGUGUUCAGAUUACUCAAGCAAAACAGCACAUUGUAAAUCUCCAAAACCAAAUUGCUGCUCAACAAGCUAUAUUUUUGAAGCAGCAAGUACAGUUGCCAGUGCAGCAUCCAUCCCUCCAAAAUCCUCAACCGUCCACUUUUGAUGUUGUCAAAUCCAAUUUGGAUUCUAUAAAUGGCUUGCACUCGGAAUUCAGGGAUCUCUCUGUAAAGGAUUCAGCCUCUCAAGGUCACUCAAGACUCAAUCAGUGGAAGUUGCCUUCAUUUGAAAAAGAUGAUAAUCCUGCUUCCAGUGAGAGCAAUGGGUGUAAUCGAAACAACAAUGAUGUAUCAAAUGAGUUUAGUCGAGCUCCUGGUUCAAUCACUAAAUCAUCAUCAGCAAACAGCUUGGCCUCUACAACUGCUACUCAUUCUGCUUCAAAUUUGCAACCUUUAAGCGAGAACACUUGGCCUGACAUGCCUAGGUCGCAAAAUGACACUUGGUCUGACCCAAAUGAUUCCAACAACUCUGUCCAAGGGAGCAAUGAUAACAUCGGAAACUCGAAUGAUUCGAAUACCGAUGCUAACAGUAACAAACACAACAGUGCCUCAGAAAAUAAAGACUCUCCUGCCACUUCCUCCAAUCCCUCCACUUCCAGCUCUUCCCAGUCCUACAAUUUAAAUGACCUUGUGCCUGAAUUCGAACCAGGAAAACCAUGGAAAGGAACAUCCCGCAUUAAGAACUUUGAAGAUGAUCCCCAUGUCACUCCUGGAAGCAUUGCCAAAUCUCCUUUGUCACUUAACAGUAUUAAGGAUUCUGAUCUCUUCUCCUGGAACACUAAGCAGAAUGUGCCCAAUCUCUCAACUUCAUCUUCAUUGACCUCAAGUACAUGGACUUUCUCGCCACCACCAUCUUCUCAAAAUAGUGAUAGCUCAUCUGGAAGAUCUGCAAAUUCGAGAUCUUGGAAUAAUCGGCCUACUGAACAAGAUCGCUUAUCAUGGAAGGGUCCAUCAUCCAUGCCAAAGACUUCUCGCCCACCUCCUGGAUUGAGUGGUCAAAACAAACCUAUUACCUCAAACUGGAUUGGGAGUGAAAGUGGUCCCCAAGGAUGGUCUGCAAAUUCAGCUGUUGAUCUCAUUCCUUCUACUGGAUUAAACAGUUGGGAAAAACAGUCUGGUUCUAAUUUCUUAGUUUUGAAAAACCUCACUCCUCAGAUUGAUGGAUCUACAUUAAAAACUUUAUGUUUGCAACAUGGUCCACUUCAAUUGUUCCACUUACUUCUUAAUCAUGGCAUUGCACUUGUACGUUAUUCCACUCGUGAAGAAACAGAAAAGGCUCGAUCUGCUUUGAAUAAUUGUGUCUUGAGCAAUACGACCAUUUUGGUCGACAUUCCAACUGAGAUGGAAGUCAAGCAGUACCUUCAAUUAGCUAGCGGCCAGAUGGGUUCAAAUGUAUCUUGGCCAUCUGGCAAUGGAAAUGGAGAUUCCAGUUUCAGCUCAGGCAGCACCUUUCCAAUCAGUGGAAGCACUAACACUGCUAGUAAUGGCAGUAGCUCAAGUAAGCUCACCACCAACAACUGGAACAGCGCAAGUCUGAAUCUGCAAAGUUCAAAUCUUUGGUCCUUCUCUGGCUCUGGCAACAGUCUGUGGGCCAUGCAGUCAUCCACCAAUGACCAUGACCAAUGUAUUCCCUCACCUCUCAACUCUUUCCUACCCGGUGACCUCUUGGGAGGUGGUGAAUCAAUCUGAUACAUGUGAUCUGUCCAUCGAAUUUUGUGAUCCAUCACAGGGUGAGUGAUUUGAUGUAGAUCAUCCGGUCAUAUACCCUAUUUGAUGAGUCUCUUCUAUUUAGUCUCAAAGAAAAAGAAUUAAAAAAAACUUUGCUGCUUUUACAAAUGGGGGGGGAUUAUUUUCUUUUACAGUAUUUUUCCGACCAUUGCGGAAUUAGAAGACUGCAUCGAUGAAACAGUGACUGGAAUGUAAAAAAAUGAGGAUUAGGAGAAAAAUUGUGUGAUAUUGGAUAUAUAUAUAGCUUAAUGUUUUAAAAUAUUCUACUUAUAAAAAAUGAUAUUAAAAACUUGAAGUGUAGUCCGUUCAUGAACGCAAAGUUUUCCAUUAUGUGAUAAACUCAUUACGGUUUUACUUUUAGACUUGGUUCAGCCUUCCCAACCGAUAUUUACUGCUCCUCAAAAUGCUCAGUUGAUGAUGUCAUAUUAGAUAAAUAUCGGUAUAGUGUCUUGCAUACGUUUGUCUAGUAUUUUUUGGUGCCAGGAUAUCUGUGUGUAUGUAUAAAAUAUAGAGAUAUAUAUAAUUGUAGGACAUGUAAAUAUAAUUUCAUAGUUACCUUUACAAAAUGCCAAAUAUGAGAGAACCUCAUUGAGCACAGUCAAUGUUUUAUUUGCAGACAUGCAUCUUGUAGUGUGCAUUUAAACUAGAUAUAUUGAGUUAUACCUGUUAAUGUUUGAGCCUGUGUUAUGGUGCACUGCAAAACUUGUGAAGUUAAAUCUGAUUACAUAAUCUGUAGUUUUUCUUUCUCUUGGUGAUACCGUAUUUUGUUAUUCUUUCCUGGUGUGCAAAACAAGCACUUUUUUUUUUAUUGUUGUCUUAAUCUUCGUCAGAUUUGAGUACCUUUGUAGUAUUAUCUGUUUUUUUUUGUGGAUUAAGUAUAAAUUAUGUUAAAUCGUUGUCUUAAAAUGAAAAUAUUAUACUUUUUGUUGAGUGCUUUUCUGUUGUGUUUUGUAAAUAUUAGUGACAAAGAUAUUGGAUGAGUCCAUGUUUCAUUUGCCUUGUUGAAUGAUCAAAAAAAAAAAAAAAAAAGUGUGGCAAAAGCAAGUAAUAGUUUUGUAGUACUCUUAGUUUACUAUCCAUCUGCAGAUGGAUUAAUCUUUUUCAAAUAAAUAUUUCUUGGAAUAAAAAUCGUCCUUUUAACCAAAAGCCCAAGAUGGGGUUUGCAUAUAUUUUUAUCAUUUAAUUUUAGUGCAUUUUAAAAAUUAUUCAAAUUUUCUUUAUUCUUAAAUAUUAACUUUUACAAAGAUUUAUUUUAAUUUUUACUUUCUUUUUAUAUAAGACAAAAUUCACUGAAACAAAAAGUUUGCCACAUAAUUCAUGAAUGUUUGAGAUUCUUUUUAUUUUUAUUAAAGCAUUCCUGUGGCUUUAUAUGGCAAAACAUUUGUAUCAUAGAAUUCUAUAUUGCUUUCUUUCUUAUUCAGCAAUAUAUCUGUUAACAUUUUCCUAUUAAAUCUUGAAAUUGCCUACAUUUCUGAAACGUAACACUUCUUACUGGGUGUGCAUACUGUUAUAUUCUCAGAAAAAUAAUUUAUUAUAUAUGUUUCAUAUGUUGAAAUGAUUAUGGUCAUCUUGAGCUUUAACUAAACAUCCCUUUUUUUUGUUUGUUUUGUCAAUUUUUAACUUUUUUUUUUGGUUAGGAGAUAGGUACAAUUUGUGCCUUAGGUAUGAAAUACAGGUAGCCUAUUUCUCCUGAGAGCUCAGAUUUUUUCCCCCUCCAAAUAAAUAUUCCAAUAUUUUGCAAUUGUAGUGAAAAGAAUUUGUGUCAUGCAUACCAAAUAUUAACUUCGAGUGUAAAAAUGACAGAUGUAAAUGUAAAAAUUGUUUUUUAAAAGAUCUGAACUCAUUCCAUUAUGGUAUAUGUAAUACUGAGAAGUUUUGAGUGAUGUCUUGUAUAUGUGUGAUAACAAAAAUUGUGCAUGCUUGCAAUUUGGCAAUGCUUUUUCUGUUUAAAUAUAAAAGGUCAUCAAAUUAAUGAAAUUCUGAAUUGCUGUAGAUCCAUCAGUCUUUUUGAAAGAAAAAAAAAAAUCUUUCAUAGCACCAUAUUUUGUUCAACUUACCACAUAUUUUUACUCUUUUGUUUAAAUGUUCAUUGUAAUAUUGAUUUUUACCGAGAGCUUUGUUUCUGUAAUGCUAUGAAUUCCAAAUAUUUAUGCAUACAUUUUAAAGUGAUUUGUACGAUUAACUGGACAGUCUUAGUUUUUAUCUUUGACUUUUUGCAUAUUAAAGAGAAAAUUAUUUAUCUUUUAAAAUUAUAUUUUUGUUAAGAACUAUGUUUUUAAGUAAGUAAUUUUUUUAUAUGCUUAAAAUUAACUUGUAAAUUAUUUUAUGCAAAUUUUAACUUUAAUUUAUCAGUGUUUCAAUGACAGUAUUAAAAUGAAUGCUUUUAAUAGGCUAAUUUCCCCAGAAUGCUUAAUAUUCAUAAUGAAACUAAGUUUCUUAACAAUUGACUGUCCAGUCUUGGAAGGAAACUUAAGUUUGCCUGGUCUGUGGUAAUAAUUUUACUUGGCUCUAAAAGUGUGCAUCACUUGCAACUGAAUCAGUCGCAUUACUGAAUGGUGCUAGUUCUGUACUUGUGUGUAAAAUAGUGCAGAAUAAAAAAAAAAAAUAUGCUGUGUUCCUUUUUUCCAACCUUUCUGUGCAUGGACACAAUCCACACAUUAUACAUGUGUCGUAUUAAGACCUGCAAUAAUUGGUCAAUUUUAUUGUGAUGUGGUAGUUUGGUGAUUGUUCUAUAUUAAUUGUUUUCUUAAAGACAAGUUUUCAGUUGUAAAAUUUAUUGGAGUGUUUGUAGAAUCUAGUGUGUUUUUUGAUCUAGUAUAAUGAUGCACUAAUGAUAAAGAGCUUGAUGUUUUGGAUAUAUAUUCAUGUUGCCAUUGCAUUGAAAUUUGUGCACUGCUGAAUAAGUUGAAACUGAUUAUAGAUUUUUUUGUACAUAAAAUCAGAUAACACUGGCUAUCAUAAAAAAUCUUGAAAGCAAUUUUCAAGUCUAUUUUAAAAAAAAAAAACUUUGGACAUACGAAACCACACUGAAGUGUACUUUAUCCACACUUCUUAUUGCAGAAUUGCCACUCAUUUGCAACUUGUUUUAAUUUUAAAAGUAUGAUCUGACCUUACAAAUCAAGUGUUGAAGUCGUUUUUAGGCUCACUUACCUGUUGUAAUUGUAUACUUGCUUUUAAUGUUAUCUGCUAAAUGAAUUUUUCGAGUUGUGGCACAGUUGCUUCACUGGUAUGUACCUGAAUGAAAGAAAAAUGCUGAUAGGGAGGUCAUUUCCAUAAAUCACUUCCUCCCUCCCACUCUUUCCCCCCAUGAUAAAGUAACUAGUGUGAGAGAUGGAACAAUAUGUUUGUAAAAUUCAAUUGCUGAUUAAAGUUCCUAAAAAAUGUGUUGCCCUCUUUUGGUUGACAAUUCUUAGACCAAAUCAUCCUUAUGGAAUCAGCGCGAAAAUCUUGAUUAUGUAAAUUUAAUUUACUUAAUUGAUGAACUAGUCUCAAAUAAUGCAUGGUGAGCUUGUAUUUUGAUGUUUUAAAUUCUGUAAGAUGACAUUCCCUUAAUCUGGUGUGUUGAAGCUGUUUGCUUUGUGUUUUUUGCCAUUCGUUCUUUGAAUAUUUGACAAGCACAGGUAAUGCAUUUAGUAAAAUCUAAUCUAUUAAUAUAUUUGAAUGAUAAUAGGCAUUGUACUUACAUAUCAUUCUUUGGGAAAAGCCAACUAAAUAUCAGUCUGUUACAUAAAAAAAAUUAGUACAACUUUAUAAUUUGGUUGCUUUUUUUUCUUCCUGAAGUCAUUAGUCUCUGGAAUUGAUAAAACUGCUCAGAUAUUUCCACUGUGGAAUGUAUGUUAACACUUUUUGACGCAGUGACAAAAAGUUAAUAAUUUUAUACAACUUAAAAUUGAGAAUUCAAAUGGAUCAUACCUAGAGCUUUCUAUAUCAGGAUAUUAAUAGUUAAAAUGUUCUACUGACAUUGCAUUUGUAAUAAGUCUUAACUUUUUUAACAUCAAUUUUUUUUCAAGACUAUAUAAUAAAGUGUUACUUUUAUUAAAAUCUGUAGGAUUUUUACUAUUACAGGACAAUCAUUACAGAAUGCAAAAUAUGAAAAAUUACACCCAUGCUCACUUCGUAUAUAAUUUUCACCUUUUCAUUUCAUGACAGUUGUUCCUCUCGGCCCAUUGGAGGUCCUCCCCUCCCCUAGUCAGUGAUCUUUAAGUAACACUUAAAGCACAUUUUAUUCUAGUCAUGUCGGUAUUAAUAGAUUAAGCUAAUACUUUCUAAGAGUUUUCUUUCCUCCUUUCUUUCUUUUUUUUUUUUUUUUUUUUUUUUAAAUCUACUUUUUGUAUCUGUGGUGCAUUUUUAAAAUAUGUGUAUUGAGAUUAAUUUAUCCUCACGUGUUUUGAAAAAUGAAAAUCCAAGUUAUAUCCUGUUUUUCCAUUGUUUUUAUGUUUUCUCUAAUUUCUUUUUUAUUGGUUUAAUUUGUUGUGAUGCAAACAAAGGUGCAAGAUACAUUCUCAUGUCUUUGUCCAAUUCUCAUAUGGGUAGUUCAAACCUGCUGAUUUCUCACUAGAAGAAAUUCUACUUUGGGGGCAUGAAACAACUUAUUUUUUGUGUAGCUUGUAAUUUAUGAUUGUAUGUUAUUUCUAAUUGCUUUACUAUUUUAUUUUGUGAUUUUUUUUUUCUUACUAUGCUGGAAAUGGUUGUUUGCCAAAGUAAUAUAAGUAUGUUAUUGUAAAUAUAAUUUUUCAGCAUAUUGUCUUGUCAGUUCUCUAAUGUUUAUUAUAAUUUUGCAUUUAAUGAUUUGAACAAUAUUGUUAAGUCGUAAAGAGGUUAUGAUUUUUCUGGAUAACCGUUAUAGGAUUUUUCUUUAAUUUUUAUGUUUCCGGUGAGUGUUUUGUAGUUUUUAUUUUUUAGAUUUCUAAUGUAUUUAUAUUGCACUUUCCUAUGCUAAAAUGUUGCUCAAUGCAGUAGUAGCUCCGCUGUAUGAUGAAAAAUAUAAUGGAAUUAAUUUCGAUUCAGAAUUCGAAUUUUUUAACAAAAUUUUGAAUUUGGAGACGCACAUAAAAAAUGUCCAUAUUGCAAUGAAAUAUUCAAGCAUAUUUUCUUUCAGUUUUGAGAAAGCAAAUUUAGAUUGUACAGUUUCAUCUACUUCAUAAUCAUUUGUAGUUUUCAGUCUUAAUUUAAACCAUUAAUUUAAAUCACGGUGCAAUUAAUAUCAUAUAUAAAAUUUUUUCACUGACUCAAAUAUCUUUUCUACAUAAUUUUGAGUUUUUUGGGAGGUGCUAUACUAAUAGCAAAUUAUAAUUCAGAAUGCAUAUGUUAAUGCAAUUUUUUAUAAUUUGUUAUUUCUUAGGUAAUACCUAAAGAUAUUCAAGUUAUCACAAAUUCUUUACAAAAAAGAAAUAUUAAUGAUUCAAUAGAAAAUUGGAAGAAGUUUUAAAUCUUAUGUACAUGGAAUGUGCAAAACAAUCUGGAACAAAUUGCUGCCUUAUUGUAUUUUAGAACUGAAAAGAAAGAAAGAAAAAAAAAAAAACAUUGCAAUUCUAGUGUGCAUUUUAAAUAAUGAUUCAAGAGUUUGUUCUGAUAAUGAGUUGUAAAGUAUUUUAUCACUAUUGCUCAAAAAAAUUAAUUGGAUGUCUUAGAUUUUUAUAUUACAACUUAAUGCAACAUCUCUAUGAAAAUUUUUUUAAUGUCAUUCUGCACAGGUACAAAUUGGCCUUAUCAAAAGUCUUCGAAUCGAUUUUGAUCAAGGGUGGUUAGGCCCCUGAACUGUAAAAAACUUUUUGAAGGGGGGAAAUUGAGUUGGUGUACAUAUCACUGAUGUUUCUUAAGUGUGAUUUCUGUCAAAGAAUAGUCAUAAAUUAUUUGUUAUACUCUUGCAUAUUUUGAGGGAAAAGAUUUUUAUUUGUUUAAUUUAUAUGUUUUCAUGUUUCUGGUUAAUAUAUAUAUUGUAUAAUCAUGUUUAUCAUUAUU